AUAUUACUAAAGACAAAUGCAAAGUUAUUCCCUGGCUUAACAAAUAUUGAGCACCUUUGAGGAGCAAAGACAGUAAUAGGGACUACAAAUAGAACAAAAUGGAUUCAGUCCACUCCGGGACAUAAUCAUAUCUCUGAAAUUUUGUCUCAAAAAAUGAAGAUUCUCUACUGUUACAGCAAUCUGCAGAAUGCCAUCAUUAUGUAUUGCCCCCAAGACUUUCAGGAGCUUCCUGGGUUUGCCAUGAAUAGCUUUCAACAAACAUCAAGUUUUUUGGUAAAAUGACAAUGAAUGACUGUGCGCUUUUAUACAAAUCGAUGCAUGUGCUGUAACGACUCCCACCUUUUUGUUCCCGUAGGAGUUUCAGUUCCUAUCCCUGUGAUUGGACUGAGGGACGAAAGCAAAGUGUUCGUGAAUAACACCACGUGCGUGCUCAAUGACCCCAACUUCGUUCUCAUCGGGUCCUUCGUGGCAUUCUUCAUCCCGUUGACGAUUAUGGUGAUCACCUACUUCUUAACGAUCUACGUCCUGCGCCGUCAAACUCUGAUGUUACUUCGAGGUCACACCGAGGAGGAACUGGCUAAUAUGAGCCUGAACAUUCUGAACUGCUGCUGUAAGAAGAAUGGUGGUGAGGAAGAGAAUGCUCCGAACCCUAAUCCAGAUCAGAAACCACGUCGAAAGAAGAAAGAAAAGCGUCCCAGAGGCACCAUGCAAGCUAUCAACAACGAAAAGAAAGCUUCCAAAGUCCUUGGCAUUGUAUUCUUUGUGUUUCUGAUCAUGUGGUGCCCGUUUUUCAUCACCAAUAUCCUGUCGGUUCUUUGUGGGAAGGCCUGUAACCAAAAGCUAAUGGAGAAGCUUCUCAAUGUGUUUGUGUGGAUUGGCUAUGUGUGUUCAGGCAUCAAUCCUCUGGUGUACACUCUCUUUAAUAAAAUUUACCGAAGGGCUUUCUCUAAAUAUUUGCGCUGCGAUUAUAAGCCAGACAAAAAGCCUCCUGUUCGACAGAUUCCUAGGGUUGCUGCCACUGCUUUGUCUGGGAGGGAGCUCAAUGUUAACAUUUAUCGGCAUACCAAUGAACGUGUGGCUAGGAAAGCUAAUGACCCUGAGCCUGGCAUAGAGAUGCAGGUGGAGAACUUAGAGCUGCCAGUCAACCCCUCUAAUGUGGUCAAGGAGAGGAUUAGUAGUGUGUAA